UGCUAUCAUAUGAUACGGCCAUGACUUGCACGAGGAGGUUAACAACAUAUAAAACCAAGCAGUCGUCCUCGUAUCCCUCGAUAGUGUGUAAGACUACAAGAUGGGUUUCCCGAGUGUCCGGUUGCUGCUGCUGCUGCUGACAACAUGUCUCCUACACACAUGCCAUUCUCACCUAUGUCUGAUUUCUCCACAACAAAGGGGCGAUAUGGACAUCACAAUAUCGGGAAGCCAUACUUGUACUCGACACGGUGGACCAUGCGGAGGGAUGCCAGCAGCGACUCCUAGCGGUGAACCUUUAAUUGCUGGGCAACAAAUGUUUAUGAAGUGGCAGCAAAACUUCAACCAUUACGAAGUUGGAUACCCAGGUUUUAUGGAUGUAAGCAUUGCACCUGUGGGCAGUGAUAACUUCACUCUCCUGGCAUUUGUCCCUGACAAAUACGUGUUUGCACAGGAUCACCAACAAAACUACACUGCAGUCAUCACUGUUCCAGACGUCCCGUGUGAACACUGUGUUGUAAGAGCCCGUUAUCAGUCUCACAAACAUGGGGAGAUGGUAUUCUAUCAAUGUUCCGACGUCAAAGUGAUCAAGCGAAACAGUUUCCUCGAUAGUCCUCGUGUGUCGGUUCCAUUUGAUCCAAACUUCAGGACACUGCGAAAAGCAACGGAACUCCAAAUGAAUUAUCCCAUGAAGGAGUCUAUUGAUACUUCGUUUUAUCUGCAGGGACUUGCUUAUAACGAAUUUGAGCCGGGACGUUUUCACUUUGUGAAUGUUUCCUUGGACUUAGGAUUUGUGCAGCCAUUGACCGAGUUUAAUAUUGGAGUUGAUUUAACACACAUUCCAAGAAAGUUUGCAUUGCAACAACCGAACUUCCUUAUGGAUGGCAUAACGGCCCUAAAUCCAGCAGAAUCAGAAAUGUUGACAAUUUAUCACCAUGGUGGUUCUAUGGAUGACGCAGCCAGUGAGGUCAUGGUCCUAUUCACCAAUAGUGGGAAGAUGGAACUCACAACUCCCCUCGUUGGAUUUGACGGGGUCCCUAUUAGUGCACUUGAAUUCGUACAACCGCGAACUUAUGUCUCCUUCAGCAUAAAAGAGGAUCCCGAGAAAAGUGGCACAUUCUACUUCAACCUUGGUCAGAUCAACUACGUUCCCGGAACUGGUUUAGUGUACAAAAAGAUUUACAGCAGUCCGGAUACUGAGGAUCUUUACGUUAACUUCCAAUGGGCAAGCAUGGACCGAACAUCCGGGCAGUUGUUUGUUCUCAUGGGUAACGAAAAUGAACCCGAUACUCUGGACGCCAGAAUAUACGUGUACAACUUCUUCAACCGAUCUCUUGUCAAAAUGGUGCCGGUUCAAAAGUCAAUCUGCACGUUCAUGUCGAUCCAUGUCUAUCGGCCAACAGCACAAUCUCCUGCUCUUUUGUAUGCUGUGGCACCUGAGGGGUUAUACGCCGAGAAAAGGCCCGCAUGGAGUUUGAUUCAGAUCGACCCUAUGUCAGGUUUUGUGACGCCACUCUUCCAGAUCUCCCCGGCAGGUUUGUUUGAGCGAUACUAUGGAGGCUCUGUUUUUAAUGGAUUUGACCAAACCAAUGGCGUUUUAUAUCACGUGCUCAGAGUGGCCGAUUCGGCCGCUGACGUCAUCGUAAGUGUCGACGUCAAAGGAAAGACUGCGAGAUUCUCUAAACUUACAAAUCUCAGACACAUUCACAAUCUCUCUUUAUCUCCAAAAUAACGUACACAGAUGAGGAGAAAAUAGCCUAAUUAAAAAACGACAGCUGCUGCCGAAAACUUACAGGAAGUUUCAUAUUUGUUAAGAAAAAUCAUGUAUGUUUAUAAUGUAUAAUAUGUAUAAAUGUCCUUCGAGAAUUAAAUGCAAAUGAACUAUAUAUCCCAAGUAUUGUAUAUAUCUAAUGAUGUGUAAUUGAUGAAUAUAUAAAAUUUGAA